UGCCUGGUGACAGCGGAAGAGGAAAGAAGCAGAACAACACAGAGCUCUGUCAGCACUGACUGUAUCUGAAAUCUAUGCCAUUCUAAAGUAUUGUUGGACAAAAAGACACUGGAAAAUGGCAGAUUUUGGACUAUAUACCUACCAGCAGGAAGUGGUUGAAAGGGCUCUUAAACGAGAGAACGUCAUAAUUUGGUUACCGACUGGAGGUGGAAAGACCCGCGCUGCAGUGUAUGUGGCCAAAAAACACCUGGAGACCACACCAAAUGCUAAAGUGAUGGUUCUCGUAAACAAGGUUCAUCUUGUUGACCAACACUACAACAAAGAGUUUGAUCCUAAACUGGGUCUACACUAUGCUGUUAGGAAAGUGAGCGGAGAGAGUGAUGAAAAGGACUUUUUUGGUUUAGUGGUGCAAGAGUCAGAUGUAGUCAUCUGCACAGCACAGAUCUUGUACAACGCUCUGAUUAACAAGGAGGAAGCAAGACAUGUCGAGCUCUCAGAUAUUACUCUGCUGAUAAUUGAUGAGUGCCACCAUACUCACAAGGAGGAAGCCUACAACAAAGUAAUGAGACUCUAUGUGGAGAAGAAGUUGAAGGGAGAAAAACCACUGCCACAGAUCUUGGGCCUCACAGCAUCCCCAGGGACAGGGGGAGCAAAGACCCUGGACAAGGCUGUGGAGCAUGUACUGGAGAUUUGUGCCAACUUGGACUCAGCCAUAGUUUCAGCUAAAGAAUAUGCAUCUGAACUGAAGGAAGUGGUGCCCAAACCCAGAAAAGUCUUCAAAAUUGUGAAAGAAAGACUUAAAGAUCCGUUUGGUGAUCAUCUGAUAUCGAUGAUGAACAUCAUCCACAGUCGCAUGAACCUUCCUCCAGACUUCAGACUUAAAGAGUGUGGAACACAAGAAUAUGAGGCAGAUGUGGUGAAUCUAGAGCAACGAGGCGUACAGGAGAAAAACAGACUGCUUGCACAAUGUGCGUUACACCUAAGGCAAUAUAAUGAUGCCCUCCUCAUCAAUGACACCUUACGGAUGAUUGAUGCUUAUCGCUCCUUAGAGGAGUAUUACUCCAAAAAGAGAACCAAUCCCAUUGAUGGGACAGACACCUUCCUGUUGGGACUUUUUGAAGAGAAUCAGGUGGAGCUAAAGAACCUUGCUAUGGAUUCUCGCUUUGAGAACCCAAAGAUGGAUGAACUUCAGAGCACUCUGUUAGAACAGUUUGGGUCAGGUGUCCCAGCAAGGGCAAUCAUCUUCACUAAAACUCGUAAAAGCACCCACUACCUGAAAGACUGGGUCCUCAAAAACAGGGCAUUGCAGGAAGCUGGCAUCAAGGCAGACAUCCUCAUUGGCGCUGGUAAUGGCAUCACCUACAUGACACAGAAUGAACAGGCAGAAACAAUUGAGAAUUUCCGUAUGGGUUCUCUGAACCUCCUGAUCUCCACCAGUGUGGCCGAAGAAGGUCUUGAUAUACCUGAAUGCAACCUGGUGGUGCGCUACGGACUCCUUACUAAUGAGAUCGCCCAGCAGCAGGCCAAGGGACGUGCACGAGCAAAAAACAGUCAGUAUGCAGUGGUAGCCCAAGCAGGCGGGCAUGAAGAUUGCCGAGAGCGCAUCAAUGAAUCUCUGGAGGAGCUGACUGGACAAGCCAUUGACCGUGUGCAAACCAUGACCUGUCAAGACUUUUGCACAAAGAUUACUCAGCUUCGAGAGAUGGUAGUCACUUGCACCAAAAUUGAACAGAGGCGCCAAGCAGAGAAGAGGAGUCGUAACACUGCUUCCAGUAUCCAGCUCUUGUGUCGAAACUGUUUUACCCCUGUGGCUUCUGGCAGUGACAUCAAGCUAGUUGAGAACAUGUACGUCAACGUCAACCCUGCCUUUAAGAAACACUAUACAUUUGGAGACCAACUGACUCUAGAAAGAAGCUUUAAGGACUGGGAGCCUAUGCAUACAAUCAGCUGUGAAAUAUGCAACCAGAAAUGGGGAAAUGAAAUAAAGUACAAGAAGUGUGCCAUAUUGCCAAAUCUAGCCAUUAAGAACUUUGUUCUGGAGAGCCCUGGUCAAGAGCGGCUACCAGUGAAGAAGUGGAAGGAUGUACCUUUCACUGUUGAGGACUUCAACUUUAAAGAGUACUGCCAGGAAAAUUUCCCUGACAUGCUCGAUUAAGACAUCAAUAAGAGAGCUCUGUGUGGGUUUUCCUAUUCUUGAGUUUCUUUUCACAGAUUUGCUCCACAGAUGUUAAGUCUUUGUUCUGCGAGCCCUGCGUGCCAAAACCUUUAAUGCACCAAUCAUGCUUGUAAUUAUUUGCAUUUGUUUUGUACAUAGAGUAUUUCCUCAUUUACAUCUCAAGUCAAGUACAGGAGCAAAGAACAUGAACCAUCAUGAGCAUUUGACAUGUCAUUAAGAAAAGAUUCAUUUUACAUGAACUUUUAGCUAUUUUACAAUUAGUUUAGAUGUAAUAUUACCAAUGUGUGUUUGAAUUAUGUAAGUGGGAGUACAGUGAUCAUCUGAAAUAUGAUAUAUAUAUAAAUACUUAGCCUAAUUUUAAGAAAUUGUCUACUAAGUCUAAAUCCCUUUUUGUGUGUUUAAUAUUAAUUAAUGUUACAUUAAUUAAUAUCAAAUAAAA